AGGUUAGAACUUUCAAUUUGAAGUUCAAGCUCACGCCGCUUCUCUGACUCACACUAUCGUCCCGGCCUCUCAUCUCACGCCGUCGCCGGCGUUCUAUCGUCCCUCCUUUCUCAGUCUUCGGCGUUGGUCUCCGAUCAUCUCUCCUUCUCAGAAGUUUCCGAUCGUCGCUCGCCCUUGGCUCACUCUCACCCUUGCGUUGGGUUGCCGCCGGCUACCCUACUUUGUUCAAGAUUUAGAAAGUCCGAAAAACAAAGGUCACCAUGGCUCUGAGCUUCGUUUUCGAACCACCCAGCGACGAGGAAAUUGAUCUCUCCGAAGAAGAACAACAACAAGAACAAGCAGAUCAAGGAGGAGAAGAGGAGGAAGAUGAACCUCUUUCUCGCCAUCGUACUGAGUCUCCUUGGGAUUUUGCCUCGUACUCCGAGUCAGUGGCUGAUGAACAUGCUCGUAGAAGCACUACUUCUGUUGAUUUCAAAAUCUCCAAAUUGCUUGAAAAUCGCUCUGCAAACUUCACUCCUACUGCUGAUGAUGAUGGUCAAAGUUCGGAAGAAGAAUCUGAUAGACAAGAAGAUUAUAGACCGGAAGAUGAUGAUGAUGGAACUAGUAAUGCUGGUGACAGUACGUCGUUUUUUGCGCCUUCUGAUGGGGCUUCCUUUCAUGCCAAUUCAUUCAUGGAGCUCAAUUUGUCGCGCCCUCUGAUUCGAGCAUGUGAGGCUUUGGGAUAUGCAAAGCCAACGCCAAUUCAGGCGGCCUGUAUACCGUUGGCAUUGACUGGACGAGAUAUAUGCGGAAGUGCUAUUACUGGUUCUGGGAAGACUGCGGCCUUUUCACUACCUACUUUGGAGAGGUUACUAUAUCGGCCAAAACGUGAUCGGGCAAUAAGAGUUCUAAUUCUUACUCCCGCUAGAGAAUUGGCAAUCCAAGUUCACAGUAUGAUAGAGAAACUUGCUCAAUUUACUGAUAUCAGAUGUUGCCUGAUCGUUGGUGGGCUUUCAAGAAAGGAGCAAGAGGCUGCCUUAAGAUCAAUGCCUGAUGUUGUUGUGGCAACUCCAGGACGCAUGAUCGAUCAUCUACGCAAUUCCAUGUCCGUAGAUUUGGAUGAUUUGGCAGUUUUAAUACUGGAUGAGGCAGAUCGUCUUUUAGAACUUGGAUUUAGUGCUGAAAUUCGUGAAUUGGUUCGUCUUUGUCCAAAGAGGAGGCAGACAAUGUUGUUUUCUGCUACCAUGACGGAAGAAGUUAACGAGCUUAUCAAGCUUUCCUUGACUAAACCAUUGCGCCUCUCAGCUGACCCAGCUACCAAGAGGCCAAAAACAUUGACAGAAGAGGUGGUCAGAUUACGUAGAAUGCGUGAGGUGAAUCAAGAAGCUGUCCUCCUAUCUUUGUGCUCAAAGACAUUUACUUCUAAAGUUAUUGUAUUUAGUGGAACCAAACAAGCUGCUCAUAGGCUAAAGAUUUUAUUUGGAUUAGCUGGUUUUAAAGCUGCUGAACUUCAUGGAAAUCUUACCCAAGUUCAACGUCUUGAUGCCUUGGAACUUUUCAGGAAACAGCAAGUUGAUUUUCUUAUUGCUACUGAUGUGGCUGCUCGGGGACUGGAUAUUAUUGGUGUUGAAACUGUUAUAAACUUUGCAUGCCCUCGUGAUCUCACCAGCUAUGUUCAUCGAGUGGGUCGUACUGCAAGAGCUGGAAGAGAAGGAUAUGCUGUUACGUUUGUGACUGACAAUGAUCGAUCCCUUUUGAAAGCCAUAGCUAAGAGAGCUGGUUCCAAGUUGAAGAGCAGAAUUGUGGCUGAGCAAUCAAUAAAAAAGUGGUCUGAAAUAAUUGAACAAAUGGAAGACCAAGUGACUGCGAUUCUUCGGGAAGAAAGGGAAGAGAGAGCUCUAAGGAAAGCUGAGAUGGAAGCUACAAAGGCAGAAAACAUGAUUGUUCAUCAGGAAGAAAUAUUUUCACGCCCUAAAAAGACCUGGUUUAUAACUGACAGGGAGAAAAGGCUUGUGGCAAAAGCAGCCAAGGCAUCUCUGGAAAAAGGAAAGACUUCUGGGAAUGAGGCCGUAAGUGCUCAACAAGCGGAAGAAGAAAAGAUGAAAGAAAAAAGGAAGCGUGAGCGUGAGAAAGAUUUGCCAAGAAAGAAGCGUAGAAAAUUGGAGGCAGCUAGAGAAAUGUUGGAGGAGGAGAAGCAAAAUGACAAAACAGGAGGUGGAUUAUCACUGAUGAAACUUGCCUACCGUCGGGCAAAAGCAGUAAAGGCUGUGAAAAGGGCAGUUGACUCAGGCAAGAUUGUGAAGAAACAAAAUCAGAAAACUAAGAAGUCUUCCCAUAGAACUCAGUCAAGAUCGGAAGAGAUGCGAGAGAUGUUCCAAAGCGAUAUGAGCGAGCAGAAGCAGAAACGACGUGGCAGUGGCGGUUUUGGAAAGAAAAAGUCUAAACAUUCUUUCAAAAGCAAGUCAAGGUACAAGCGUAAAUAGAGAUUCUGAUCGGAAGUCGAUUGGCCUUUAUUUGCUCGGGAUGGCUGCAACUUUGAGUUUGCAAUCUACCUUCCUUGCAACAGUUUUGAUAGCAGAUGGGGAAGAGGAGCUGCACUUUUAUACUCCAAAAUUAUGAAUGGUUGUAUCGUUUAUUUUUUCCCCUAAUAGUUCAUUGCUUUCGGUUGUGAUGUGCAUUGAAAGUCAAUGCACCAUUCAACUUUGAAGCAUAACAUAGUAACACUGGAUUUAUUUGAAGAGUAUACUACUAGGACGUGUAUUAUCAAAGUAUAAUUUCUUUAUAAAAGUUAGGUUAUGUUAUUUAGUAUAUAUUGAUGUUAA